AUGGUCCGCAUUGCUUUACCAAAUCGUCUAAAGAGUCACAAUGGCAAAAAUGGAGUAACCAGUCAACCUGACAGCAGGGGCACAAGCCCCAUGCGAACCCCCAUGGAAACCAAGGGCUUGGUCCUCAGGACCAAAGUCUUAAGAGCAAGGAACUUGGCAGCAAAAGACAAGAGUGGUACCAGUGAUCCCUACCUCGUUGUGAAUCUUGGAGAAGCGAAACAAUCCACUCCUACCGUCAGCAAGAAUCUCAACCCAGAAUGGAACGUCUCCUUCGAUCUACCCAUAGAUGGUAUUCAGAGUGUGUUGCUAGAGGCUGUUUGUUGGGACAGAGAUCGGUUUGGCAAGGAUUAUCUCGGCGAAUUUGACGUCGUCGUUGAGGAUAUAUUUGCCAAUAGCCAAACGGUGCAAGAGCCUCGCUGGUAUACAUUGGAGUCAAGACGGAAAGAGGGAAAGAAGAAGGGCGCGAAGAUUUCUGGCGAGGUACAGCUGCAAUUCUCGCUUGUGGACACCUCAGAUCUGUCCGCGCCUCCGCAGGAUGUCCUUCAGAAGUUCGCGACGCUAGUCGCGAUGAGUCCAGAAGAUGAAAGUGAUGGGGACGAAGACCUUUCCAGACUCGACAGUCUGGACCUCGAAGACGAAGAUGAGGACGAGGAUGGAAUAGAUGAGAAGAAUCCUGAAACAUCUGACGAGACUGAUGAUCCCGCAAAGCCGGCCAAAGCGGAGAAAGAGAAGCGGAAGCGGAGGCUUAAGAUGAAACGACUGAAAAAGAGAGCAAAGGCCAGAGCAUACGAGUUCACUGGAGGCACCGACGUUGUCGGUAUCGUAUUUCUGGAAAUAUGCAAGAUCACUGAUCUCCCGCCGGAGCGAAACAUGACAAGAACAUCGUUUGACAUGGACCCCUUUGUGGUAGCUUCCAUAGGGAGGAAAACGUACAGGACGCGGGUCAUUCGCCAUAAUCUCAAUCCAGUAUACGACGAGAAGAUGGUCUUCCAGGUCAUGCGGCACGAGCAGAAUUAUUCCGUGAGCUUCUCCGUUGUCGAUCGAGAUAAAUUGUCCGGUAACGAUUUCGUCGGCACCGCCAACUUUUCCCUUUCGAACGUCACAUCCGUCGCUCCAGAGGCAGAUCCCGAGACGGGCCUCUACAGCCUGCCAGAACCUCCAGAUCCCUCUUUGGCGUUACCAACCCCCAAGCAUUCGAGAUUCAGGCUACCACUAUCGAGGACUUCUUCAGCCUCAAGCUUGAACAAACUCACCAAGCCGAGUCUUAUUACCAAGGGUUCGCAGGCUCCUAUGAGUGGCAGCGCGCAGCCAGAUCCGCAACCCGGCUCAGCGAGUGCACAAGGUGACUGGAACCAUCUCACCCCAGCAACAUCAGACGCUCCCCAUGAAGCAGGAGAGGAGCAUACAAGCCAGAAUGAAGACCCGUCGAUGAAGUUCUACACCCUCCCUCUCGUGUUAAAGAAUAAAGAGCGUUGGGAAGACAAACAUAGUCCACAGCUAUUCGUCAAAGCAAAGUAUCUCCCAUACCCCGCGUUGCGGCAGCAAUUCUGGCGUGCAAUGCUCAAACAAUACGACUCAGACGAAAACUCGAGACUUAGCAAAGUGGAGUUAACAACAAUGCUUGACACUUUGGGUUCGACGCUGAAGGAGUCAACCAUCGAUCAUUUCUUCGAAAGGUUCUCAGAUACGAGCGAUUCGCCCGAUCCCGUCUUAACCUAUGACCAAGCUGUUAUCGCUCUGGAGGAUCAGCUACAUCAGCCGAUACGAAGGAAGACUUGGAGUGAUACCAUGAGAGGCUACAUGGACCAUGCACACUUUUCAACCCAGAGUAAUGGAGAAGACAAGGGGAGUGAUGAUAACGAUAUGCCUGCUGUGGAGGGCAUUGCCAAAGAGCCUCUGAAUAAGAAUGAAGACCGCUCGGCCGUUCCUGCAAUCUCCCAGGAUUAUAUUGGCUCGCAGGGUGAAUCUGGGGACUUGAUAGAAGAGAAUGACCUAACGGACGAGCGAGGCGAAGAGCAUGUGGUUGAGAUCCGUGAAUGCCCAUUAUGUCACCAACCGAGAUUGAACAAAAAGUCUGACGCCGAUAUAAUCACCCACAUCGCCACCUGCGCAAGUCAAGAUUGGAGGCAAGUGAACAACAUCGUCAUGGCAGGCUUCGUCACCUCGAGCCAAGCACAGCGCAAAUGGUAUUCGAAGGUCAUCACCAAGAUCUCAUACGGUGGCUAUAAGUUGGGUGCCAAUUCAGCCAACAUCUUGGUCCAGGACAGAAUGACAGGGCAGAUCAACGAGGAGAGAAUGAGCGUGUAUGUUCGGAUUGGGAUUCGUUUGCUGUAUAAGGGGUUGAAAAGCAGAGAAAUGGAGAAGAAGCGAAUCCGAAAGAUGCUCAGGUCGAUGAGUUUCAAGCAAGGGAGAAAGUACGAUGAUCCAGCUUCGACUCGAGAGAUCCAGGGCUUCGUCAACUUCCACCAACUCGACAUGUCAGAAGUCCGCAAGCCAGUCGAAGAGUUCAAAAAUUUCAACCACUUCUUCUAUCGAGAAUUGAAGCCAGACGCAAGGCCAUGCUCGGCUCCCGGAAAUCCCAAGAUCAUAGUGUCGCCCGCAGAUUGUCGGUCUGUAGUCUUCAACAACAUGGACGCUGCCACCAAGAUCUGGGUCAAAGGUCGAGAAUUCUCUGUCCAGCGGCUUCUAGGGAACGCUUACCCGCAGGAUGCAAAGCGGUAUACGAAUGGUUCUUUGGGUAUCUUCCGGCUUGCACCCCAAGAUUACCACCGCUUCCACAUACCGGUGGACGGAAUCAUGGACAAGCCCAAGUUGAUUGAUGGAGAAUACUAUACCGUCAACCCAAUGGCUAUACGGUCCGCUCUAGAUGUAUACAGCGAAAAUAUCCGAGUCGUGGUACCGAUCGAUUCCGUCUCCCAUGGUAGAGUGAUGGUCAUCUGCGUGGGUGCUAUGAUGGUCGGUAGUACAGUCAUCACAAGGAAACCCGGAGAGGAGGUUCAUCGGGCUGAAGAGCUGGGAUACUUCAAAUUUGGCGGUAGUACGAUUUUAAUCCUCUUCGAGCCUGGUGCUAUGCAAUUCGACGAUGACCUGAUUGACAACUCGAACGGGGCUUUGGAGACUUUGCUUCGCGUAGGCAUGUCCAUCGGUCAUUCUCCGGAACAAUUGCAGCAUGCGCCUGAUAUGCCAAAGAAAGAAGAGCAUGUUACUGAGGAGGAGAGACAAGAGGCUAAACGAAGGAUAGAGGGUAGUCUUGCCCCCUCGACCACGAUAUCCGGGCCUUCCUCAAUGAAAUGA